UUUCAGAUUCGACUGGAGUUGGACAAAUACCUCCCACAGAUCAACGGUCCUCUCUUGAACCCCUCGACUGUCUGCGGUGACAAAAAGUACCGACGAGAGAGCGCCUCCGUGGUGGAUGAGUUCUUCUCAGAGGAGAAACCCGCCCCUUACAGCCUCAACAUCAACGUCAUCCUCCCCAGCACCACCCACCUCCGCACAGGCCUCUACAGGCCCAACACUAAGACCCUCACGCCCCAGCAGAUCAAGAUAGAACCGGGCCUGGAGGUGCCCUGCUCCAUCUCCACCUCCACCACCCAGGCCCUGCCAGACUUCACCUCCGUCUUCAGCGUGCCGCCUGUGGUCAACAACGUUUUCAUCAAACCGGACAUGAGCUCUGGAGGAGUGGUCAGUGUGGCCGCGGGAUCUCAGCAGCAGCCAAGUUUGGACACAGAGCUUCACAUCGGCCCCCCGGCCCCCCAGUCGCAGGUCUACCAGAUGCCCAUCACCAGCUGCGCCGACCUCACGCUGUCGCACAACUCCCCGUCGACCCACGGCUCCGCAAGCAGCAGGACCAUGCUGAGCCUCGGAGGCGUCGCGUUGCCGACAUCCAAUGGCCACUACAUGAUGCAGGAACACCAACUCCCGCAGCACCACGGCUACUACCAGGCCACUCCCAACGCAUCCCAGCACACAGCGCCACACAGCCUGCCGCCCUCACCCCCAAACUCCCAGCCCGGGAGCCCCGAUGGCCAGGCGGAGCUGCUCGGCUUAGCGUCCCUACCUCCACCUCCGUACCAGCAGCGUCUCGGGGGGACAAAGGUGACAGGGUUGUCCCCUCACGCUCUGCUGAUGACACACGGCCAGGGCGUCCUGACAGGCCCCAAAUAUAACAGACGGAACAACCCAGAGCUGGAGAAGAGGAGGAUCCACUUCUGUGACUACCCAGGCUGCAGCAAAGUUUACACAAAGAGUUCUCAUCUGAAGGCUCAUCAGCGGACACACACAGGCGAGAAGCCGUAUCGCUGCACAUGGGACAACUGCGACUGGCGCUUCGCCCGAUCGGACGAGCUCACCAGACACUACCGGAAACACACCGGGGCCAAACCCUUCAAGUGCAUCGCCUGCAGCCGCUGCUUCUCCCGCUCCGACCACCUGGCCCUGCACAUGAAGCGCCACCAGAACUAGCACGGACAUCAAACCUGUGCAUACAAACACAGACAGUGCAGUAUCCAGACCUGGCAGCCACUCGAACAUAACGGCCCUAAUGUGAACACAAACUAAAUCAUCCCCGAGCGCCCGUGGUGGUCCUGGUGCUCGUUGCUAACAGAGGUUGAGUGACUGCAGGUUUCGAGUUGAAUUCAAGUCACGACCUUUAUCCCAUUUAUAUAGCAUCAAAUAAUAAAAAACAUAUAUAUUGCAGUCGGCCACCAGGGGGCGAUCAAUAGGAUUGGCUUCACUUUUGGGGAGCUGUCUUCUCAUCCGUCUUUAGGUGCAUUUAGACGUCGCUCUGUGAGACAAACUUCUUGGACCUUCUCCAGGUUGAGAUUUCUCCUCCUGUGAGAUAAAGCCGAUCACCUGCUGUCACUCAACAUCGUGUAAAACCAGAGCCGAUGAUCCUCCAGGCGCUCGGAGAUGAUUUUCAUCGUGUGUUCAUUUAAAAACCACUCACACAGUAAAACCACAGUCAUCAGAACUGUGGUUUUACCAGAGACUCCUGCUCAUCACAUCCUGGACAAACCUUUCAACAACAAAAUGAACUUUUCCUGCAACUCUGCUGCCGACGUCACCACCAACACCAUCUUUUAUCAUUUUGAGGUACGAACUUUCAAGGAGAGGUGGAAACACUUCUGUAAAUAUUUGUUGAUACGUGUGCAUAAGUGUGUGUGUGUGUCUGAGAAUAUGACGAAUGUAUUGAGAUUUAUACUUGACAACCUUUUUUUUUUUUUACAUUGAACGUUAAUAUGAGUAAUGUUGAAACGUCCCUGCGAUUCGAUCUCACGUCAGUAAACAAAUAAUCGACCCAAGCAAACGGAGAUCUCUCCAUGGAAAAAGUUAAUGAUCGCCUUGUUAUGCCUGUUUCAGCACAAGUCAAACCUGUCGAGCUCGGAGCGUGCAGCGAUCUGCCAAUGUUUGUAUCCACGACUUUACCCGUCGCCCCGGCGACCAAUCUGCUUUGAUGACGGUUUGUUUCUGUUCAGCGGCGUCUUGAUUCUUCUCCUGUAUUUGUUCAGCACGUCAACUCAAGCAAGAGAGUGCAGGGCGGAUGAAAGUCUUACGUAAUCGCUCCUGAUUGUUCUCAUGCAGCAGAGUCAGUCCUGCUAACUGCAUAAAUGGCAGGUUCCAGGUCGCUUUGUUGUCUAACGUUAAUUCUAAGUUGCCGCGUCUGUCAUUGUUCUUAAAAAGACUUCUCUCCCACAGUUGAAUCUGAGCAUUUUUGUGCAGUGUUGUAGCCGCUGCUGCGUUUGCCAAGAACAAAGUUUCAUCGUGCAAAUGAAGGGUUUGAGCCCGUGAAUGGAAACACAUGGUCGUUAUCUGCGGAACGUGACAGAGGGAUGGAUUCAAAACUGAAUCAACUUGACAACUUUGCCCUUUAGGGGAAAACGACACAGAAUGUGGUGAUUCUUCAGUUCUGCUGGUGACGACUUCAAAACAUUCUGUUUAUCCUUUAAUUGUCUUGCACUGUUCAGAACCGUCAGACAUCAGGGUUCAAUCAUAACCUUUCCAGUGUAAACUGAUCAGUAAGAAGCCCUGAGAAGAAAAUACUUCAUUAUUUACUCCUCCGGCUCGUUUGUAUUAAAAUCUUAAGUAACUUAAAAAGAAUUGUUCUCUCCACCGAUCGGAAAUACUUUCAAACCAAAACCACAAACUGAGUCGCACCUGAACUUGUUGCACACGUCUUUUUCUUAGCACUUAGUAAAAAUACUAAUGAAACUGUAAAAUGUACAAAAUGUUCAGGAACAAAAGUGUUUGUCGAAGUAAGAAACUUCAAGGAGCUCAAGUCAUGAAGUCCCUCAUGGCUCCUUUGUGUUUAUCCGUCUUCUGCCACCGCUCAUCAGGAAAAUAACAGCAGCAGCACUUUGAAUGAAAUUCACAAUCAACAGCUCCAAUGCCAGUAGAUGGUGCAGAUGCGUGUGAACUUCUAAGGUGCUACUGCUUUCCUUGCCUGUAGGUGGCGGAAUUUUGCUAAAUUCUGGACUGAAAUCCUUGAACGGAAACAUUCUGCUGCAGGACGUUAAUGGACGAGCUCUUCUCUGUGUCUUCCAGAGUUUUACGUGCAGGAGCGUUUCUUUAACAAACAGGACGACGACGUCCGAACAUUUAAAACAGUUGUUAGAACAUAUUUGAAUCAACCCACUUUGUACUUGGAAGAGUUGAUUGACCCAUUGUCUGUCCAGUGUUUUUAAUUUAGGAGAAACGAAUCUUGUGAUUUCAACUCUGUUAUCGUUUUAAUAGAGAAACAAGUUCUUCUGUCUUCUCUCUCCAGGAGGCAGCACUGACCCCC